GAAGCAGAUAAAGAAAUGGAAGGUGCUCUUGAUGAUGUAGCAAAACAAUUGGAUAAGCAAGCACUGGAGGAGAAGGAAAAAGAUGAUGAUGAUGAAGAUGGAGAGGGUGAUGGAGAUGGAGCAACAGGGAAAAAGAAGAAGAAGAAGAAAAAGAAGAAAGGAUCUAAGGUCCAGACAGAUCCACCUUCUAUUCCAAUAUGUGAUCUAUAUCCUAGCAACGUAUUCCCGAAGGGAGAAGAAUGUGAAUACCCACCAACACAAGAUGGGCGAACUGCUGCUUGGAGAAUAACUAGCGAAGAAAAGAAAGCACUAGAUCAAGCCAGUGAGGAAAUCUGGAAUGAUUUUCGGGAGGCUGCGGAGGCACACAGACAAGUGAGGAAAUACGUUAUGAGCUGGAUAAAACCUGGAAUGACAAUGAUAGAAAUCUGUGAAAAGCUAGAAGACUGCUCACGUAAGCUGAUAAAGGAAAAUGGUUUAAAUGCCGGUCUUGCGUUUCCUACUGGGUGCUCUUUGAAUAAUUGUGCCGCCCACUACACUCCCAAUGCUGGAGAUCCAACAGUCCUGCAGUACGAUGAUAUUUGCAAAAUAGAUUUUGGGACGCAUAUUAGUGGUCGUAUUAUUGACUGUGCUUUUACAGUCACAUUCAAUCCAAAAUAUGACAGACUAUUAGAAGCUGUAAAGGAUGCCACAAAUACUGGAAUAAAGUGUGCUGGAAUAGACGUACGUCUCUGUGAUGUGGGGGAGGCCAUACAAGAAGUUAUGGAGUCUUAUGAGGUUGAAAUUGAUGGCAAAACAUACCAAGUGAAACCAAUUCGCAAUUUGAAUGGACACUCGAUUGGGCCAUAUAGGAUACAUGCUGGAAAAACGGUGCCCAUUGUGAAAGGAGGAGAAGCCACAAGAAUGGAGGAAGGAGAAGUAUAUGCCAUAGAAACCUUUGGUAGCACAGGAAAAGGUGUUGUUCAUGAUGAUAUGGAGUGUUCUCAUUAUAUGAAGAACUUUGAUGUUGGGCAUGUGCCAAUAAGAUGGCUAGAUCGCCUGGGAGAGAGUAAAUACCUAAUGGCAUUGAAGAACCUGUGCGACUUGGGUAUAGUGGAUCCAUAUCCUCCCUUAUGCGACAUUAAGGGCUCUUACACAGCACAGUUUGAGCAUACUAUACUGUUGCGCCCAACAUGCAAGGAGGUUGUCAGCAGAGGAGAUGACUACUAAACUCAGAGCCACCUCAGCACCUUUAUACUCUAGGCUUUGUUGGAACAUACUAUACCAGAAUUAAUUUGCAACAUACUGUCUGUUUUAACAGUGGACUGUUGUAAUACUUUCCAUAUUUGGAAGGGAAGGAAUUUAAACAAAGGCAAGUCUUCUAAUGUAACUAACCAAGGAAAAAGCUUUCAGGCCUUUAGAAAUAUUUCAAAAGUUAAUUAUUUUUUCUUUUCAGGGAAAUAUGUGCUAUAAAGCUCAAUUUUUAGUUUGGAGUGAGUUAUACAUUUUGUUUUGAACACUUAUGAUAAAAGAUGCUUUUCAAAUAUUUAUAUUACCAUAUUCCUACUUGAAUGCUUUGAAUGACUACACCUGAUUUCUGCACCCAACUCCUCUAUGAUAUUGCCUUUUAAACUUCCUGGAAUCCGUUUUGUAAAAAAUAAAGACAAAUUUUCAGAUCUAAAACUAUAUAUACUUUUUAAAAGCCUGGUUAUGAUUCUGGUCAGGAGUCUGCUGCGAAACCAUUCUAUUAAAUAUUUUACAAACUUG